AUGCGUUCUUCGUUCCAUUCCGGUAUUGGGCGCUCGCCAUCGCCUGGGCAGGUCGACCAUCAGCGUUCUUCGAAUCCGGUCGGUGGCAGCUCUUUGCGCUACUCCCACAACGGGAAGAUGGGCCUCGGUAAUGAGGGCGUCGUGCGCAUGUCCCAGCAGGAAGGACACCGCGCCCUGAGCAUCGGCAAUGCAGGUCAGGUACCUGGCAUGGGCCGCGGCAACAUGCGUCCAAGCUCAGAGAUGCUCCCGGUGGGCCAGCAAGGCACGCCUGAGACGGAGGUCAUUGACAAGUGGUUUGAAGACCUUCAAAACUACGAGGCCACUCUAGAGGAGAUGGCCGCGGCUUCACUGGACCAAAACUUCAAGGAGGAAUUGAGCGCGAUUGAACAAUGGUUCCGCGUGCUCAGCGAGGCCGAACGUACAGCUGCGCUGUACAGUCUGCUGCAAGAGUCGACGCAAGUUCAGAUUCGAUUCUUCAUUACGGUCCUCCAGCAGAUGGCCCGUAGCGAUCCUGUGGGCGCCUUUAUCUCGCCCAACUCGGCUAAUAACGCCCUGGGCGAUCAGCUUGAGGCAAAGAUGGCGCAGCUAGGUAUCAAGUCGCCUACAGCUAUGAAGACUACCUCGCCUGGCUCGCGCGGAUUCCAGCGUCAAAGCACUGGCUUCUUAUCCCCGAAUGCUGCGUCGCUGUAUGGCUCUGGCAGCCCUGAUGUCUCUGCAGCACUUGCUGCGCAGCGCAGCAAACUCAAAGCCAAUCGAACUUCGGCCCCUGGUACUAUUCCCAUGGAGUCGAUGUCGUACAGUGGCAACUCCAAGCUGGAAAACUUGCAAGAAAAGCCAGACAUCCCUGCAACGCCGCGUGAUCGUCCUCGUUCCAGCGAUAUCUCACGUUCGCCUCGGGCUGGUGGUCCCUUGGACGAUACAUUGUCGCCUGUGAGUGUCGGCGGCAGCUGGGCUAAUCAAUUGAGUGGUGAUACCAACGCGAAGCUGGAAGCCACAGCGGCCCAACUGGCUCAGUUGAGCCAGCAGGUGGCGGCAGCGCAAGCUGAGAAUGCUGAUACCUCGCGCAGCAUGCGAAGCGGAAAUGCAUCUGGCAAUAUGCAAAAUAUGUUUGGCUCGAUGUACGAUCAUGGAGCCAACUGGAAGGGCAACAACGGCAGUUCUAUGCCGCAUAGCCCCCCGAAUAUGGCGACGAGUCCUCAGUUUAACAACUUCAAUAUCCCUACCAUGAGCCCAAAUACUCUAGCCGGACUGCAGAGCCCGUCCGGUGGUAUGUCUAACCCUGCCAACCUCCAAAUGAUGAACGCAAUGGCUGCCAUGGGCGGCCUUAAUAAUAUGAAUUCGGCACAGUUGAUGGCACUGCAGCAGCAGAUCCUCCAGCAGCAACAGCAGCUUAAUAUGGUGAACUUCAACCACCAGCAGCAAAGUCGUAUUCCUUCGCGUGGUAACCAGCGCAACGCCGGUGCUGUAGGAAGCGGCGCGCCUCGUAGCCCAACGUUAUCUACUCGCGCUGCGAUGGGCUCUCCUUCUAUGGUACCUUCGACACUGCCUGGCCAGCAACCUGAAGAAGAGGUGGCAGAUAUCUCGAUUCUCAACGACGUGCCUUCAUGGCUGCGCCAUCUUCGUCUUCACAAAUACACCCCGAACUUUGAGGGAUGCAACUGGCGUGAAAUGGUGAUGAUGGAUGACCAAGCCCUGGAAGAGAAGGGUGUCGCUGCUCUAGGCGCUCGCAGGAAAAUGCUCAAAACCUUUGAGGCUGUGCGAAUGAAGUAUGGCAUGGAAGCUCCUCCUAGCAGGCCAUCGAGCCAGGCACAGUCGAGUGCUAACAAGCACACUUCUGCUCCCUCUUCUCAAGAUGGUAAUGAGUAA